CAGUUGUGCAGCAUGUAGCAGUUUUGGUUGUUUCUUAUGAAGAAGUUAGAAGACCGAUGGUGGAUACAGAGCAUGGGCAGUGAAAUCACCUCCGUGAUGUUUUUUCGUUUUUUGACAAGAUACGCGAAAUAGUUUCAACGUAGCUUUAUUUACUAGUUUUACGUUUUUAAUAUGUUUUAGGUUUUAUUCCACUUCGUUGCAUUCAGAUUUGUGUACUUAGUUAUCGUACUAGCGUGACCGAAACACGUAACAAAGCAAAAUGGCUGUUUCAUCUGCCGCAGGAGCAGCGACCAGUAGCAAGAGCUCCGUUGCCACCACGGCUGCCCGACAGUUUCUCUCCUUUGUGAACCAAACCGGGUCGCCUUACCACAGUGUCGCAGCUGUGAAGCAAAUGUUGAAAGAUGCCAAGUUUGAGGAGCUUAGAGAAGGCAGUCUGCCAUGGCGACUGCAACAGGGAGGACGUUACUUUUUGACGAAACACGCCUCGACGAUUUGCGCGUUCGUAGUCGGUGGCCAAUUCAAUGCACGCGAGGGUGGUUUCGUAGUAACUGGCGGACACACCGACAGUCCAUGCCUGCGACUAAGACCAAAUACGAAGGUGAGCAGCGGACACAAAGACUAUCUGCAGGUCGGAGUACAGACCUAUGGCGGCGGACUCUGGCACACGUGGUUCGACAGGCCACUCGGUCUUGCAGGGAAAGUCGUAUGCAGAAAAGGGGGAGGUGAGUUUACAUGAUGAACAUUUUUGUGCCUUGUUUUUCUGGUUAAUGUUAUCAUGGAUAUCCUGAUUGUAGCUAAUAGUAUUUAAUACUCAGCUACAAGAGGGGUAAGCAACAAGAUGAAGUAUGAUAUAUCGAAGAAGAUUAAACAUCUACAUUCCAUUAGUGACUACUCUCAUCGUCCGCGGCACAGCAUCAUCGUGGUAAAGGACGAAAACCAAGUGGGAGUGACAGGUUGUAUUGACCUCCCAUUCCUCCAUCAACCUGCCAGGUGGCCUCGAAGAAAAGCUGGUGAGGAUAGAUCGACCAGUAUUAUUCAUUCCGAACCUUGCUAUACAUCUGCAGACCGCAGAUGAGCGCAAGGCUUUUACGAUAAAUAACGAAACGCAUUUGCAACCUAUCCUCUGUGUGAAUGAGCCUCCGUCUUCUAGUAUUUGUGUCGAAGCAAAACCCGAAAAAAACGACGAAGAAAACAAGCAUCAUUCGACGCAGCUCUUGAGACUCAUUUCCGAUGAACUGGGAGUGCAGCCGUCAGGCACUCUUAAAUUUCUAAUUUGUUUCUCGUGGCUUUGCAAAGAUGGCGUUUUCAUUUUUGUUGAAAUACUAGCUUGGAGCGCCCGAUAACAACCCCUCGCACUAGGAUGCCCCUCCCCCCGAAGUAACCCAGGGAACAGGUAGGCAAUUCGUUAACUUUCAACAGUUUCGCUGAAGCUCAACUGCUUGGAUUUGAGUUUCUCAAAUUUCGAAGCCUUCCGCAUUAUUUUGCCGCUUUGGGACGGAUUAAAUUCAUCGCUGGAUUUGAAUUUCUCCAAUUCCAAAAUUUUUGAUUAUAUAGGCCUUUCCUCUGAGAUUCCAUCUCCUGGCAUGGCAAUUUCUCAAAUGUCGCAGCUUUCCUAUUAUUUUGCCUCGUAGGGGUUCAAUUUGUUGGAUUUGGAUUUCUCAAAUCCCAAAAUUUUUGACUUUGCGCCUUAUCUCUGAGAUUCAAUGCCCUGGAUUGCUGGAAUUCCUCAAAUUUCGGCGCUUUCUUUAUUAUCUUGCUUCUUAUGCUUGGCGAUUCUCAAGCCCCAAAAUUUUUGAUUUUAAGCAUUGGCUUGCUCUGGCAUUCAAUUUCCUGGGUUUGACUUUGAAUUUCUCAAAUUUCGAAGCUUUCCGCAUUAUUUCGCCCCUUUGGGAUUGAAUUCGCCGGAUUUGAAGCUCUCAAAUCCCAAGAUUUUCGACUGUAGGACCUUUUUCUGGGUUUCAAUCUCCUGGAGUUGAAUUUCUCAAAUUUCGAAGCUUUCGGAUUGAAUUCGUGGGAUAUGAGUAUCUCAAAUCCCAAAAUUUUUGACUUUAAGCAUUUUUUCGGAAGUUCAAUCCUGGGAUUCAAUUUCUCAAAUUUCGAAGCUUUCCGCAUUCUUUUGUCGCUUUAGGAUUGAACUCGCCGGAUUUGAAUUUCUCAAAUCCCAGUUUUUUGAUAUUUUGGGCAUUUUUUCUGCGAUUCAAUUUGCUGGAUUUGCGCUGUUCGUGAGUUGGGGAGUUCGUGAGUUUAUGGAUUCAUGAGUUCGGGCUCGUUCAUGCGUUCGAACUCGUUCAUGAGUUCGUGAGUUCGUGUUCAUGAGUUCGUGAGUUCAUGAGUUCGUUUUCGUGGGUUCAUGAGUUCGUGAGUUCACGGGUUCAGAAGUUCAGAAGUUCGGAAGGGGUUCAUGGGUUCAUGGGGUUUGCUGGUUUUUGUGUCGGAGGUUGAGGGGUUUGAGGUUGUGGGUUUCGGAGGUUGUGGGUUGGGGUGUUGGAGGUUGAGGUUCCGGAGGGGAAGUGUUUGCUGAAUUUUAUUGCUCUUAAUAUUGAUAAGCAGAGCCAUCUGAAAAACACUCUCUAUCUACUCGGUCGACAACUCAACUUCGAUAUCUAUCUUUAUUUCGAUCUACACACACUACAGCCAUCCUCGAUAUGGAUUUAUGCCUUUUCGACGCGGAGCCUUCCAGAUUGAUCGGUGCCAAUGAGGAUUUCAUUUAUUCGGGGAGAAUUGACAAUUUGGCAUCUGUGUUUGCGCAGUUUGCGGGACUAGUAGAGUUCGCAAACUCACCUGAAUGUCAGCAGAGCAAGGACAUAUCGGUACAUUCUCAGAACGAACGUGCCAGUUUUCUUUGCCUUUCUUUGAGUUCAAUAGUUACUUGAAGGCUUGUCUUGCUCUUCAUCGAGCUUUAUUUAUUGAAAAACUACAUAAUGUUGAUGUUGAAGUUACUUACUGAAUCAAAUUAUACUCUCCUUCCAUUAUUAUGAUGAACUUCCGGGUAGAAAACUAAUAGAAAUAGCCCUUAACUCGAAGGAGCUGCAGGAUAGUCCUCCUUACUCGUCGAUGUCCAUGAAGAUCUGAAAUGAUAAGAUAAUUCAAUCACCAACAUCCAUGUUAAUAGGUAGCCGCUGCAUUCGACCAUGAGGAGGUAGGUUCCGAGUCUGCAACGGGUGCUGACAGCGUAAAUUUGGAGAACUGGUUAAAACAGUUGCUUGGCGAGUGUGUGGACAACUUCGACCACGCACGCAAAAAACUAAAAACGAUAAUUAACGGCACUAGCGCAGCUGCUCCAACGACGUGUAUUCCAUACGACAAUGAGUGGCUGAACGUGCUUUCGCGAAGUUUUCUCUUUUCCAUCGACUGCGCGCACGGCUUGCAUCCGAACUACAGCGCCAAGCACCAGGUUGAGCAUCGGCCGCUCCUUCACCAAGGCAUUGUCAUUAAGACGAAUGCCAACCAGCGCUACGCGACGACGGCGCUCACGAGUGCGCUUUUUAGGCGUGUCUGCGAACUUUCGGACGUAAAGGUGCAAGACUUCGUGGUGCGGAACGAUUGUCCCUGCGGCAGCACGAUCGGGCCAAUGGUGUCGAGCAAUCUGGGCAUGCGCUCCAUCGACAUCGGCAUCCCGCAGUGGGCCAUGCACAGCAUCAAAGAGACAUGCUCUUCUAUUGACAUCCAGUAUCUCAAAGACUUCUGCGCAGGCGCGUACAUGCAUUUUCGCGAGGUGGACGAGCAAUGCGCCAGUUUGUAA